AGCAUUGAGCUAUAUUGAGCUUUUGGAUGCUCAAGCAGUAUCCUGACCAUGGCGUGAACAGCUGUUCUUUUGCGUGCGCUGCGGCGAGCGGUCCGUGUCACAGUGCCAAAGAUGCCAAGGAGAUGGAAGUAUGCCACAAAGGAAGGAGAUGUGGAAGAUGCGGCACCGGUACCUGCAAGUACAGACAACCCAACAUUCGAUGGGUUCUGGGAAGCGACCAUGGCUGAUGGAGACAGCACUGUAGUCAUCUUAUCAGGCAAAAAUGUUUGGCAUGAUGGCUCCCAAUUUGCUAGCCUCAAAGUUCUGAACCAGCAGACGUGUGCUCUGAUUAUGGCUGACGACGAUGUCAGAGGCUACUUGAGUGCAGAUGGCCAAGAGAUUGAAUGGGAGGAUGGAGACUGCUGGAAGAGGGCCAAGAUGGAACAACAUAAAGGUCAACAGUCAUUUGCCACACCAACCCGCACGUCUCCACACAAAUCUCAAAUUGAACCAGCCAACAAUGCUUGGGUCAAAAAACACAAUGCAGACGAAGAGGCUGUGCUGGAAGCCCUUGUCCAGCGUGAUGCAGGAUCUCUGCAAGAAAUUUUGGAAUUGGGGUGCCCUGCCGACAUAUUUGUGGAAUCAGAGCCUCUGUGGCGAGAAAUGGGGUGGACACCAGAAGGCGAUUGCCAACAAAUGCCUCUUCCAUUGCUGGUGGCAGCGAUACUCCUCCAAUGGCCAGAGGGUGUCAGAAUAUGCAUCGAGAAGAAAGCAAACGUGAAUGCAACCUACGCAGGACCUUUUCCGCGCUCAGAUGGCGGGACUGUGCAAGAGAAGUCAGGUGCUCCGAUACUCCGAGUCGCGCUAUCAGCCAAAGGGCCAGCGCAAUGCAUUAUUUGUCAGCACAUAUUGUCCGCAAAGGUUCGUGGCAGGACCUUCCAGUCUGUCCGCAGAAAAGCGAAGGAUGAGAUGGACUUCGUGACUUUGGGCCUGUUCGACAACUUUAAGGGACCUUUUGCCGAAAGCUAGUGUGAAAA